UGGACAAGAGGAUACCGGAUCCAAAUACCAAGCUUCACAUAUCAUGUUCAGCUGAGCUGGUAAGAUUCUAUUUGCCUCCAUCUGCAAUAUGCAAUUGGGUCUAUAAGUAGGGAGAGUUCAAGGGUCAGUCACAUCUUCCCAUCCUGUUUGCAACAGUCAGAAGCCGAAGGCUUUCCAAGAUUGCAUUGUAAACAUGGUUGACACUCCUACGAAAACAAUCCAGCCUUUCCAUGCCCGAUCCACCAGCAUGCCUUCUGGAGACCAUCCCUUCAUGCUCAAAGUGGAAGAAGAGUUGCAGAAAGUCAAGUCUUCUGUAGUUCAAUCCUCUUCAACGGCCCAUAUGAUAUGCGAGGGAUUGAGAGGGAUCCAAGGUCUGUACAGGUGCAUUGAAGAGCUUCUUUGCUUGCCUAGCAGCAACCAGAUCUUCAUGAAUCCACAACAAAACAAAUGGGUGGAAGUGGAGUUGGAAAUGUCUGUCAGGCUGUUGGACUUGCUUGGCAAAUUGAGAGAUAACAUGAUCUUGAUAAAGGAGCAGAUUCGAGACCUCGAAAUGACCGUUAGAAGACGAGGAGAAGUAGUUGCCCAAAGCAAGAUGCAAGCUUAUCUUCAUCCUAACAAGAAGGCAGAGAAAGAUGUCAAGAAUUGCUUCAGAUUCCUGAAGCAGAUGGAUGACAAAUAUGCCUUAUGUUGUACUGAUGAUAAGGAAUCUAAUUCAUGGACAGUGGUCAGAACUUUGAAAGCAGCAAGAGAAAUUACCAUCUCUCUUCUUCAGUCCAUUCUUAAGUUUUUGUCCAUGCCAAGGCCAAAAACCAAAACUAGCAGAUGGUCUCUUAUCUCAAAGGCAUUGCACAAAAGGAAAGUGGCCUGUGAGGGGGAGCAUGAGGAUAUUGAAGCUAAUGAUGAUGGGAGGGUACAGAAGGCACGAGAUCAGUUGCAAAUAUUACAGAACAGCAUUGAUGAAAUUGAAGCAGGACUAGAAUGCUUGUUUAGAAGCCUAGUCCAAAAUAGAGUCUCUCUCCUUAACAUCCUAAGCUUGUAAUAAACUCAUCAGCCUUCUUGCCCAUAUGCCCUCAUUAGCAUCCGCAUUUUAAAGGGACUGCUAAUGCGUGUAUGUUGUCUCAUUUUUGUCACACUAUACUGUUCACCGUAAAGUGGUCCACAAUGAUUUUGCAUUCUAUUUUUA